AUGUUAGAAAUGAACUUUGGCAGGGCUGAUUGGAUAAUAUUGAGUUUAAUGGAAAAGGUUAAAAAAUUUGGGUUUGUCAAAGAAGAUAAAUUAGAUGUUUGCAUUGCAUUUUCGAAUGCUAUUAAUAAUUUAGUUACGACUAUGAGAAAUAUUAAUUGCACAUUGUAUUUGUUCAAUCCAGAACUUAUGGCAAUAAUUGUAGAGAAGCUUGCCCCGAUACAGAAGUACAAUUGGGGUAAGUGCAAGUUGCAAAGAGACAAAGAGGGAUUACCAACUUCGUUAGAAGACUUCGCGGCAUGGUAUGAGGAUGAAAUAGGUGCAGUGGCAUCGAUUUCUAAUCCAAUUUCAAAAUCAAAGGUGAACUUUAAGAAAGAAACAAUUUUCACUUUGAAAAAUAAGUCUGACAAAAUUUUCGACAAAAAAUCAUGUCCAGUCUGUAAAAAAGACGGACAUAAUGUGGGGAAUUGUAAAACAUUCCUCGAAAAAACAAUUGUAACACGCAGAAAAGCUGCUUCAGACCUGAAAUUAUGCUUUUCUUGUUUAUGUUUAGGACAUAGUUAUAAACGCUGUUAUAAGAAGACGAGAUGUGGCGUAAACGGAUGUUCUGGAAAACAUCAUCAUUUGGUUCACCUGGCGGUACCUCCGAAUGAAGAAACGUUGGCCCACGAAAAUUCAUCCUUCUGUGGCAAGCUGUCAACAGAGAAGCAGUCUGUUCUUCUGAGAAUAGCAGCCGUUGUUCUUCGAGGACCGAGCAAGGAAGUGACAACUUUCGCUCUUUUUGAUGAGGGCUCGACCUGCUCUUUGGUAGAAGAACAGCUAGCCAGUGAGUUGGAAUUGUCAGGUCCUAUAGUUCCCGUGUGCUUUCAGUGGACAAACCAGGUAACUCAUUAUGAAGAUAAUUCGAGAAAAGUUUCUGUCGAAAUUUCCGGAGGAAUUAAGGUGAAACAAAAUUUUUAUAAAAUAAGGAAUUUAAGAACUGUCAAAGACCUUGAAUUGCCUCAGCAGAACGUAGACAUUGAUGAAUUAAUGGAAAAAUAUCCGUACUUAGAUCAAGAAGUCUUGAAUUCCUUAAAUAAUGCAAAGCCUAGAAUUUUAUUAGGACAAGAUAAUUGUGGUUUAAUUAUUCCUCGCCAAAUUAUACAACCUCGUUUGAACAUGCCUAUAUUAUCAAAAUCAAAAUUGGGAUGGACAAUUCAUGGACCAGUUACUGAAAAAUUAUCUCCAAUUUCUGGAAAUUCCUCCGUGAAUAUCAACUUCUGUGGUUGUUGUUCAUGUGAUGAAUUAGAAAUCCUAGUGAAAAAUAGUUUUAAAUAUGAGGAUUAUGGCAGUAAACCAGGGGAUAUUUACUCAUUAGAUGACAAGAAAGCUUUGGAAAUCAUGGAAAAUACUUCGAUUUAUAAUGGAACUCGGUUUGAAAUAGGUCAUUUAUAUAAAACAAAAGACGUAACCUUUCCCGAUAGUAAAAUUAUGGCUUUAAAACGCUUAGCAUGUAUGGAAAGAAAGAUGGAUAGAGACGAAAACUUCGCUUUACAAUAUAUAAACAAAAUCGAGGAGUAUGAACGCAAAGGUUAUGCAAAGAAAUUAGAGGAUCAUGAAGUGACAGAAAAUCCGAAGGACUGGUAUCUCCCACAUUUUGCGGUUUGGAAUAUAAAUAAACCUGGAAAAAUAAGAUUUGUCCUUGAUGCUGCAGCUAAAAGUUUUGGUUACAGUCUCAACGAUUUCCUCUUUCAGGGACCAGAUUUCGUUCCAUCUGUAGUUUCAGUUCUGUGGCGGUUUCGACAAGGAAAAAUAGCGUUUAGUGCUGAUAUCGCGGAAAUGUUUCAUCAAGUCGUCAUUCGGCAAGAGAACAGAUGCAGUCAACGAUUUUUUUGGCGAGGAAGGGAUCGAGUAGGCAAGCCAUCGGUGUAUCAGAUGAAUGUCAUGAUUUUUGGUGCGAUCUCCUCUCCAUCUCAGGCUCAAUUCAUAAAAAAUAAAAAUGCAGAUUUAUGUGAGGAGGAGUUCACAAACAUAGGAAGAGCUAUCAAGCGACAACACUACGUAGACGACUAUCUGGAUUCUUGUGACUCUGAAGAUGAAGCAAUUCAGUUGGUGAGAAAUGUUAUCCUAGUUCAUAAGAAAGGUGGCUUCGAAAUAACGAAAUGGAUAAGUAACUCUCAAAAGGUUUUAAAAACAAUACCAGAAAAUUUGAAAACUGAUUCUUCCUCUAAAGAAAUUGAUUCUGAAAAGAUAGAACGCGUUUUAGGACUCAACUGGUCUCCUCAAACAGACGAGUUUGUUUUCAAUUUCAAUUUUAAAAAAUUGCCUGAAGAAUUGUAUAAUGGGAAAAAGAUUCCAACAAAACGAGAAGUUUUAAGGCUGGUUAUGUCCGUUUUUGACCCUUUAGGAUUUUUGAGUUGUUUUAUGGUAAAAGCUCGAAUUUUGAUUCAGAAUAUCUGGAAAAUCGGUAUAGAAUGGGAUAUAGAAAUUCCGGAGGAUCUUUUUCAUUUUUGGAAGAAAUGGAUUCAUGAAUUAAAUUCCUUUGUGCCAAUCAAAAUUAGACGACCAUACUUUCCUUCAUUUCCUUCAUUAUCCCUGCAAAUGGAUCUCCACUUAUUCUGCGAUUCAAGUGAUAAAGCUUACUCUGCCGUUGCUUAUCUGAGAACCGAAUAUAGUGACAACGUAUCGACUAGUUUUGUUUCUUGCAAAUUCAAGGUAGCACCGAUUAAACAACAAACAAUUCCAAAAUUAGAACUUCAAGCAGCUGUUUUAGGUAUAAGAUUAGCUAAGUCCAUUAUAGAGGAAAUAGAAUACUCUGUCCGCAAUAUAUAUUAUUGGACAGAUUCAUUAGUGGUCUUACAGCAAAUAAGAUCAGUAAGUCGAAGAUUCCCUGUUUUUGUUGCUAAUAGAUUAGGAGAAAUACAUGAGAACUCAGAAAUAUCGCAGUGGCAUUGGGUACCUUCUGAGCUUAACGUUGCUGAUAUGGCAACUAAGGAAAGUCGAAACUUUGAUUUCUCGAUUUGGUUAUCAGGUCCAAAAUUCCUAGAAAUGCCUGCUGAAGAAUGGCCUCCAGAACCAAAUGUGUCCAUUGAAAUCAACUGUGUUGUAGUAGAUGACUCAGUUGAAAAUAGAUUUGUAGCUGUACCGGAUGAGUGCAGAUUUUCUAAGUGGGUGCGACUACUUCGAAGUACUGCCUGGGUUUUAUUAGCAACUCAUAUCUUGAAAUUACGAAACAAAGAAAGACUUAGGGAUAUAACUCUCGAAGAUCGUUUUUUAGAUGAAGCUUUUAAUCUUUUAAUACAAAAGGUACAACUAGAUUGCUUUGGAGUUGAAUUAGCUAACCUCAAGACAAACAAAAACAUUACGCAAAAUAAUAAGCUAUUCAAACUCUGUCCAUUUAUAGAUGAAAAUAAUUUGCUGAGGAUGAACGGACGUUUUUUCUUCAGAGAACAAUUAGGCCUACGAGAAAAUUUUAGGAACCCAAUAAUUCUUGAUCCUAAACAUAAAAUAACCGAAUUGAUUAUACAACACUAUCAUGAAAGAGCUAACCAUAUAGGAGUUGAAACGGUGUUAAACAAUUUAAGAUCGCAAUUUUGGAUUUUACAUGCACGGGCUGCCGUUAAAAAAUGUUUUAGAAAUUGUCAAGGUUGUAAGAGAUAUAAAUGUAUACCAAAAGUUCCUAUGAUGGGUUACUUGCCAGAACAUAGAUUACAACCUUUUGUUUAUCCAUUUUCUUAUACAGGAGUGGAUUUUUUCGGACCUAUGACGGUUUCAAUAGGAAGGAGAGUGGAAAAACGGUAUGGUGUGCUUUUCACAUGUCUCAGUAUAAGAGCUGUCCAUAUUGAAAUAGCAGCAUCUCUGGAUACAUCCUCAACAAUUUUGGCUAUCCGACGAUUUAUGGCGAGAAGAGCUCAACCAAUAGAAUUCAGAAGUGAUAAUGGUACUAAUUUUGUUGGUGCAGAUAGGGAGCUGAAAGAUUAUGUUGAAAAGAACUGCGAUCACGUAGAAAUAUCAAAUCAACUCUCUACUGAAGGCAUUCGCUGGAAGUUCAAUCCUCCAGCAGCUCCGCAUAUGGGUGGUAUAUGGGAGCGAAUGGUUCGUUCUAUAAAAACUUCUCUUAAAAUUGUAUUGAAGUCAAGAAAUCCCAAAGAAGAAGUUUUAUCAACUUUAUUAGCAGAAGCCGAGUAUACACUCAAUUCAAGACCACUGACUCAUGUUCCCAUUGACCCAGACGAACUAGAAUCGAUAACACCUAACCAUUUCUUAUUAUUGAGGCCCGGAAACGUUAAGAAUAUCGGAGAAUUCACUGGAGAUCUUGACUGUAGGAAACAAUGGAGAUUUGCUCAAGCUCUUGCAGAUUCCUUCUGGAAACGUUGGAUUCUAGAAUAUAGACCUACGCUUCUGAAAAGGGAGAAAUGGUUCUUCAAACCUGAACCCAUCAAAGUUGGAGAUAUCGUUUUGGUAGUGAAUGAAAAGGCACCACGAAACGAUUGGAUGUUAGGAAAAGUUUUGAGGCUGCAUCCUGGUAGAGAUGGCAUAAUAAGAGUCGUCUCGAUUUUGACAAAGAAUGGGGAGUUCACUAGGCCAGUAAGCAAGCUUUGUGUCCUGACCACCAAAGAAAAUUCUGAUGGUUAA